AUGGAAGAACCAACCUACGACCCGAGCCGACCGAUGCCAUCCAUCGACAUCGUCUACCAAUACCGACUCGUCAACUGCCCCGGAAAAAGCAUUGUCGGUCUGCGCAUCGAAUUCCCGCCCAAUGGCUCGACGCCACCACACCGACACGGCGGCGCCUCGGUCUCCGCGUACGUCAUCGGCGGCUCCGUGUUGAAUAAGAUGAACAAUGAUCCGAUGAAGGUGAUCAAGCCAGGUGGGACUUGGUACGAGGCGCCCGGGUGCCAUCAUCGCAUCAGUGACAAUGCGAGCGAGACUGCCCCGGCGACUCUGAUGGCCAACAUGGUUUUGGACACGGAUGUCUUGGAGCGGGAUGGAAUGGCUGCGCUCAUUCAGAUCGAUGAGGAAUACACCGUGGAGAUCCAUCGACCUUUAUCAUCGCUGAACUAUAGUCCUAUCGAAGCGGUAUCACGCUGUUCGCCUCGUGCAUCCUCGGAGGGCUUGAGCAGCAGCAACAUCGCAGAUCGCCAGCUGCAUACGGCAAAAUGUCUGUCGGAUAUCGACCACCUGGACCAGUUGUUGACCCUGCCGACGAAUAUUCAGGCUUAUUCACCAUUUAUCAUCUUAAUGAUUACGAAUGUCACCAUCGCUCAUCUCUCGGCAUGUCGAUUUGUGUACGGGGGCGAGAAGGUUGCCACUAGCCGCGAGAAGAUCCGUCUGACUAUGGGCACUUUGAAACGUCUCAGCGAGUACUGCGUUCUGGGGAACGGGCCUAUCGCGAGAUCGGUAUUAUCGCCUGGGAGAUACUUUGCCUCGUCAAUGAAAAUCCUCCAGCCGGUGUAG